AGUCGAAUAGUCACAACGUGUGCAGAGUUGUCCACUCCAGCCAAGUUAGACUAACAACGCGCAAAAAUUUACGACAUUUCAAUUUAUGUCCAAUAAAAUCAACAAUAAAUAAAUUAAAAAAAAAAAAAAAAACAAACAAAAAAACCGAAAUUAAAUAAAAAUGCGCUCACAAGUUAUUUGUUUUUGUGUAGCACUCUUGCUCAUCGUUUGCAUUCUUUAAUUGUUGCAAAUGUCGCAUUAAAUUGUUGUUGUGCACGUAAAUCCUUCCAAAAAUGAAAAAUAAAAAAAUGUAAUGACCAACCAUAAAAUUAAAAAAAAAAUAUUUAAUAUUUGUAGGGAUUAGUCGGAAAAGUGUUGCCAUAAAAAUGUAAUAACCAAAUAAAAAACCGUUAAAUUCGAGUAGCCGCGUAUUUCACACCAUUCCCACCUCAAAUUUUAUAGUGGUCAAUUAGUAGAUAAAAUCAGCAUCCACAUUCCCCCUUCAAAAAAAGCACUCACCCUUUGUAUGUAAAUUUGUUUAUAAUCUCACGUGUUGGUUUGUCAAGAUGAAUACAAAAGAUGGCGAGAGCAGCGAUGAGACGUCCUCCUGGCGAAGCAAGGAGGAGCAGCGACAACUGGCGCGCAUGGAAUACGCCGUAAUAUGUCUUAUGGUGGUACUUGCAUUGACGUCCAUCCUUUGGAGUAUUACCAUACACAUAAUCUCGGGUGACUUCUACCAUGGCAUACUCGGUGCUAAAUUAGCUUUUCGGGAGAGAGAUUUCCGACAAAUGGACGAACAUUCCAAGGAGAUAUUCUAUGGUGAUUUGAAUAAGUUACUAAAUGAGACAUACACCGAGCCGGUCGUAGAAGAUGAGGCUGAAGAUGUAACUACACUGGCGCCGCUGGAUGCGAAUGCCACAACGAAACAGCCCAAAGUAACCAAAACGUACCACAUUUUCGGAUUGCUACGACCCGACGACGACGACGACGACGACGAGAAACAGCACGCAGUGGAUGAGGAAACGGCGGAGGAGGUGGUCGCAACUGCAGCGCCAGCUGUGAAAUUCAAUAUGACGCAUGAUCGUGAAUUUUUGGCUACAAUGAUGCUGGACGUGCACAAAACACGUUGGCGCCAAAGCGCCGCCGUUCAAUUCAUUUACAGUUUUCCAUUUUUGUCGGAAAUCUUCGCAAUAAUUUGGACGGCAAUGUGUUUAAUAUUUCAAUCGGGCGUGCAAAAAUAUUGGGGCUUGCCGAAACCAUGGCGCAUCGUUAUACCCUCCAUACUGGUAUUCUCAUUGAUGUCACUCGGCACACUCGUCUAUACGAUUUUGGCCAGCACCUACUUAAAGAAUCUCUGCAAUGGCUUGCGUGAAAACUUGACAAAGCCCGAUGCGAUCACCUGCGGUCAAGCCAUCUCCGUACUGCGUCCCUUCAUACGACAACACGAAUUCAAACAUGACGUUUACUUGAAUCUCUUUCGCUUUACCUACAUGUUCGCCUUAGUACUCUGGCUCUUGGCCUUGCUACUGAUGCUACUUCGCUACUUCUUCGCCAUCGAUUUCCAAUUGAUGGACGUGCAGUCGCUGUACGAUAACAAAUUGGCACGACGACUAAGUAAGCCAGAACCCGAAUUUACCGAAGUACUACUGGACACUGCACAAUCACCCACACUUCUACUGCCACGUCAGGAACGCAAUAAAUCGGAGGAGGAUUUUCAAAGUGCCAAGUCGAAUUUGAGUGAGAUAGCAAUGCCGUUACUCGAUCCGAGCAGGCAGCGUUCGGUGCUCGUGCAAUAUGCGCCAACACAACAGCGAGUAGUUUAGUUUGUCAACACAAAAUGAUUGGGAUGAGUGAGUUUAGAGGCUUCAGGGAGGUCAAAGAGCGAAGAGAAGAGAGAAAUAAUAAGGCAAACGUGCGAAUUAAAACAGUUUUUAUCUCAGGAAUCUUGUUCAGUUCAGGAAUACUGCACAAUUAUUUUCUUCAAGCUUUUCUCAAUCGCUACUAAAUGUAUAUGUAUGUGUAUAUGCACAAACUCACUAAAGACGUUCCUCAAUAUCUCCGUUACAGUUAAAUGAUAUUAUUCUAUUUAUUUAUUUAAUGUAAGGCAAAUCAAAGGAAUUACUUAUGAAGUUUUGAUCUUCCACUUGCACCAUUGACCUUUACACAUUCUUCUUUUAAUUUUAAAUAUUAUUUUUUUAUAUGAAUAUUUUAAUGCUCUUAACCACUGUGCGUGCGUGUAUUACAAUAGGAAAUAUAUGUAUAUGUGUAUAUUAAAUACCACAAAAUAAAACGUAACAAAAUUAA